AUGGGUCAAUUGCUGGUUAGAAAAAGAUUGUGGAUGCCAUCCAUGCUAAGGGCUCUUUUGUCUACCUUCAGCUCUUCGCCAUGGGUUCAUAGGCAACAUACCCCUUACUGGCUGCAAAGACUGCACCAUGAUACUGCACCCAUUAACAAUUGCCAAAAUCAAGGAAUAAAUUGA